UAAAAUGUUUUAGUGCCCGUGAGGCCUGGUGUCUCUCUCCUAUGUUACAGUCAAGCGAGGUUUGCUUCCCGUUGUCCGGUAGCCAGGGAGGGGGAUGCCAGACUCCGUGGUGCCAGCAGGCGGCAGACAGGACGUGCACCGCCGGACAUGCGCACUGCGCCGUCAUUAGCACGCGCCUGUGGAUGUGUUGUAGUCGCGGACGUCGGGAAUGGUCGUUGUCAGUCGACUUCCAACGGCUCCGGGACCUGACGGAGGAUACACGGGGAACAAUGAGCAGGAUCUGCAAGGGACUCGCAUGUCUCUUGGUUCUUGUCUUCGUCUGCCAUGUUACAGACCAAAUGGACCAUUGGGGAAAAGAAUUUCUUCUGUCUUUUCCCCCCAAUUACAACGGGACAGGGGAGAUCAUCUUAUACGUGACGUCACGGGAAACCGUUACUGUCUCUGUCCGAAACACUCUCUUCAACAUCUCGUCGUCCCACUCGUUACCACCGCUGUCGUCGGUCAGAAUCAAGUUGAGUGGAUCUUUGCAGUACAGCGAGCAAAAUGUUACCUCCCUGAAGGCUGUCUUCCUAAACGCCACCAGUGAUGUCAGUGUGUACGUCCUGAACUACGGGACGGGGACGUCAGACAUGUACACAGCCUACCCUGUCAAAGCUCUGGGGACGGAGUACCUGCUGGGUGGAUAUCCACCCUACUUGAACGCCUACUUCAUUGUAGCCGCCGUGCAGGACAACACUACAGUGCAAGUGCACCUGAAGGUGGCGGACGCUGGCAAGUGCAUGCUGGGAGCGUACGGCAACGGCUCGGUGCUGACGGCCAUCUUGCGGCUCCACGAGGUGUGGGGCGGAGCGUGCAAGAAGGACUUCACCGGAAGUGUCGUCACGAGCAAUAAGCCCGUCUCCGUGGUGACGGCCCUGGACUGCGCCGCCGUGCCCAUCGGCGUCAAACUCUGCGACCACAUGGUGGAGAUGAUGCUGCCCGUCGCCGACUACGGCAGCAGCUACGUGCUGCACAACAUCACGUACAGGCCCAGCUCCGUCAUCUACCGCGUCAUCAGCGGCCACGAUGGCGCAGUGGUCACGGAGUCCACAGGGGGGAACAAGACGCUGGACAAGGGGGAGUUCGUGGACUACGACUUGGCGGUGCUGGGGCAGGAGCUGUGCAUCACCACCUCCGCUCCUGUCAUGACCCUGAUGUUCACCAAAGGUCACUACGCGGACCUGUCCGUGCCGUUCGGAGAUCCUUCGAUGGCGGUGGUUCCCGCCACGGAUCAUUUCACUACGGACUACGUCGUUAAUAUGGAAAUAUCACUCACGGAUACAUUUCUCAGAUAUGUAAGCAUCAUUAUCAACGACAGCGCUGUAGCUGGGUUUUCGAGUGUCAACUAUAAAUUCAAUCCCGUGGGGCUCGGCUACAGUGUUGCCCACGUGGCUUUGAACUCCUCAACCCAACGGCUGCGGCACACGGGUGGAUACCCGUUUGGUGCUGUCCUCUAUGCUUUCGGUAACAUGACUGGCCUGUCUCUACCCGCCGGACUGACAUUAACUGACAAAUUCAAUUAUUGCUCCAGCGGUCCGUGCUUCAACAACGGCACCUGCACCAACAUCCCUGACAACUCCACCUUCGACUGCUCCUGUCAGCCUGGCUUCUCUGGGGUCCGAUGUGAAACAAACGUGGAUGACUGCGCCUCCAGCCCGUGUCGCAAUGGCGCGACCUGCACAGACGCUGUCAAUGCAUUCAUCUGCACAUGCGCAGCAGGUUACACAGGAAGUCAGUGUGAAACAGACAUCAACGACUGUGCGUCCAGCCCUUGUCGUAAUGGCGGGACCUGUGCAGAUGCUGUCAAUGGGUUUACCUGCACGUGUGUAUUAGGUUACACAGGCAAACAGUGUGAAACAGGUAAGUAUUCAGUUCAUUCUGAGUGCUUUGAAUUUACCUUUUUUUUACUCUGA